AUGGUGCCAGCGGGGGUCCAUCGAGGCACAAAACUGGGACCGUGGCUACUUACUGUGAUGAUUGAUGAGCUUGACAUCCCCAACACAGAAUUGUGGAAAUAUGUCGAUGAUACCACCAUGUCGGAGACGAUAGGAAGGAAUCAAAACAGUAACAUCCAGACGGCUGUAGACACUCUAGUGAACUGUGCAGCCACAGACAAGUUCCAGCUUAAGAAAAAUGUAAAGAACUGUGUAUUUGCUUCAGCGUCAAGAAUAAACAAACUUUCGAUCCUAUUGAGUAUUUUUAUUAAUGACAAUUAUAUUGAUACUGUAACUGACGCCAAGAUUCUUGGACUUAAUGUAUCUUAUAAGCUAUAA